GCUUCAAAGAUGUCAACAACGCUGAACAUAAUUGGUGGUAAUACAGGAAAGUGGUUUUCACUUACUGGCAAGAACAAUGGUGCCAGUCUGCAGAGGAUAUGGGUAUGGGUGGGGCCAUGGCAGGUGAAGGCUGUCAGGGUCUGGCUUUCAGAUGGGCGAAAUGAAACCUUUGGAUCACCAGAGGGACAGCACACGGAGUACAUCUUCCAGCCUGGCGAGAGAAUCACCUCACUGUCCCUGUGGGGCAACGGUAACGGGACACGCCUCGGAGGCAUCAAAUUCAAGACCGACAAACAUAAAGAAUUGUUUGUGAAAAUGACAAGCUGGGGUUUAAAAACCGAAUACCCUAUCAAUGUCGGCUCUGGGUUUUGUUUGGGCGUUAGAGGAAGAUCCGAAUUGGAUAUUCACUGCAUUGGUUUUGUGUUUCUAAAUAACAUUCAGUCCGUAGUUCUUACCGAUGUCAGCUAUCCCACUAUUAAGCAAGAGAUUCCACAGGUGGCAUUGGAAGAAAUCAAAUCCGUCACGUACAGAAAUAGGAGCUCUGUCAGACAACAGCAAACAGUUGAAACUUUAAAGAAAAUCAUCAAUAGAACCUCGUGGUCUGUGAGCGACAACAUUUCAGCAACAUUCAGUGUGGAAGUGAAGGCUGGGAUUCCAGGGAUUGGAGAAGCUUCCGCAGGAUUAAGUACCACCGUCGGAGAGGAAAACACUUACAGUCAAGAGCACAACAAUGAAAACACUGAAACUCUUGUCACCAAUGUAGAAGUUCCACCAAGGAAGAAGGUGGAUGUAAACAUCACCGUUGGACGAUGCUCUUUCGAUCUGCCUUACACUGGCACAGUGAGGAUGUCCUGCGAAAACGGCAGUGUGUUUUCUUUUCAAACCAAGGGUCAAUACAAAGGUGUCACUUACACUGAUAUUAAUAUAGAUACGAAAGAAUUAGAUCUUUGA